AUGUCGUCAGGAAAACAAAGACGAGCAGGCUCAAGAACCAACAGUUCGCCUACAUCUAGCCCCUCACUGCCUCCGGCACCAAUGCUGGCUCAGAACCGAGGAUCAGCUUCUCCACGUCAUGAGAAGGCUGAAUUGAUCACACCCAGCGCGGCACCCCCACCUGGUGUGACACGCGCUCGCUCUAACAACAAGAGUGUGACUUUAAAGAAAGAGCCUGCUCUUGCUGCUCCUGCAACUCAUCCGCCUCCAACGAUUUCAGAUCGCCAUGAUCUCAUUCGAGCUGCCGUUCCAAUGUCUGUGGGCGCCAGGGGCUACUCCACCCGUCGUUUCAUUACCCGCAUCUUCAUACUCUAUCUGGGCUACACGCUCUUCUUCGUCUGUCCUAAAGAAUCAUCGAAGGAUUCGAAUGCCAUUUGUGAAGGUGCAACAAAGCUUCAUGACUGGCUUCGCCCUUAUUCAGAGCCCGUCUACCACUCUGUCGACCAAACCUAUCGCGCCUAUGCGGAACCCUAUGUGGAUCGGUAUGGUCGCCCAUUGUAUAAACAAGGCCAGAAGUACUACACCGAGAUGGCCCAUCCCACUAUCAAGUCUGCAUCCGAGAAGGCCAAGAUCUCCUACAACCAGUAUGCUCACCCCCAUGUCCAUAGAGUUAUCAAUGCAAUUUAUACCGACAAGGUCAAGGAUCAUAUCUCGAAUGCUCAAAAGACUUUCCAUGGAUAUCGUAAUCAAGCUCAUGGUCAUCUUAAUUACGCCAAAAAGGCCUCCAAAGAUGCCAGUGACCACGCCUGGCAUCUGCACUCGCUUCAUGUUCAGCCCACGAUCAAUAAGAUCUCGCCCCAUUUCAGGCACGUCUAUGACAGCGCUACUGUACUCUACAUGGGGCAUAUCAAUCCCUAUGCUCAACAGACGUUCGCAGUGGUCCGGGAUACUGCGGAGAACAUGAAGGAGAGCUUUGCAAGGCAGACGGAUGAGAUCUGGGGUACCCAUUUCAGCAAGCAGAACAAAUCUAAGCUCGGUCGCGCUGCCAAUCGCGCCUCCAAGAAGGCAGACCAAGCCAAGGCCAAGGUCCAUGAAGCUGCCAAGGAGGCUGAAAAGAAGGCAGGUCAGGCCAAGGCCAAGGCCUAUGAAGCUGCUGAUCAAGCUAAAAAGAAGGCAGGCCAAACCGCUUUCAAGGCCCAAGAAGCUGCUAAGGAUGCCAAAGCUGAGACGAAUGCUCAGGCUGAGGGUCUCAAGGAUAAGCUUUUGGGAUACGCUGAUACAAUUAAGGCUGCAGUGAUCGGCAAGUCACAUGAGGCCAAGGAAGCUACAGAGAAGCAGUCGGCGACCGCUAUUCCUAAGGCUGAGCAUGUCAAGGAUACAGUCUACGAGAAGGCUGCAGGCGCUCAAAAGGCAGCCAGCGAGUAUGCAGAGGCAGUCAAAGAAUCUGUGGCCGGUAAGUCGCAAGAGGCAAAGAAAGCAGCGGAACAGAAGGUCCAAGAACAAAAGUUGGCUAUCCCCAGCACUGAGGACAUCAACAGAGCUUUCCAUGAUACUGUCGCGGGAGCUCAAAAGAUGGCGAGCGACUAUUCGAACUCAAUUAAGGCAGCAGUAGCUGGUAUGGCUGGUGGAGUUGCUUCUAAGGCUGCUGAAAAGAAAGAGGCUAUCCCAAACGCAGAAGAGAUCAAGGCUGCUGCUAAUGAGAAGAAAGAGAAUGCUCAGAAGCUGGCAGAGCAGUUUGUGGAUGAUGUGAAAGCCAAUGUUGCCAAGAAGGGCCAAGAUGCUCAAAAGACCGUCACCGAAGAAUCCGAACACCUUAAGAAGGUCAAGGAUGAAAAGGUCCACGAAGCUGGCAAGAUGUCGGACCACAUCAAGAAGGUUGUGAUCGAGAAGGCACAUGAGGCUCAGGAGGCUAUCGCACGUCGGGCAGAGAAUAUCCGCCAUACUGCUCAUGAGCAGGUUGAGUGGGCCCAGGAGAAGGGCGCCAACAUUGUUGAUAGCGUCAUUGGGGCGUCGCACGACGCCAAGGACACUGUUGACAAGCACACUGAACAUGCCGCCAAGGUUGCUGGUCAGAAAAAGGAAGAGCUGGAGCGAACUGCUAAGGAACAAGCUGAUGCGUUGAAGCAAGCUGUCUGGGAGAAGGAGAAGGAUGCAAAGAAGGCUGCGAACGACGCCUCGCAUCAAGCCCAGAAAGCAUAUGAUACCGCCGGACACCAGGCUCAGAAAGCAUACGAUGCCGCUGGAUACCAUGCUCACAAAGCAUACGAUACCGCUGGACACCAGGCUGAUAAUAUUAAGGCCAAGGUUGUUGGAAAUGCAAAGGCUGCAAGCGAGCAUGUUAGCGAACAGGCCGAGGGUAUGAAGAAGUCUGCGCAAGAGAACAUCCAUUACGCUCAAAACCUUGCAAAGGAGCAGACAGAGAGACUGAAAGGAUCAACAGACCAAAUUGUGAUGGACGGCAAAGAGCAGCUCAACAUUCAAAUUGAGAAUGCUAACAAGGCCAAAGACUAUGUAGUAGAUCAAGCUAAGGGUGCUGGCGAAACAAUCAAGAACAAGGCUCACGAUGCCCAAGAAGCCACUAAGACGUCUUUGACUGCUAUGCUAACUAGCAUUGAAUCGAUCUUUGGUCGCUUCCACGAAUACGAGGAUACUGAAUCUAAGAGCCUUUGGGCCAAGUUACAAGGCGCUAUCGAUGAACAUCUUACUGGGGCCAAGAAGUCUGCAAAAGACCUCGAAAAAGCCAACCGCGAGGCUUACGAGAGCUUCGAGUCCUAUGUUCGUGAUUGGCGCAACCAAGAUGGUGACCUUGAAGGUCGACUCUCCAAGUUGAGCGAGAAGUCUCAGGAAUACGUCAAGCAGAUUACUCAGAGAUCCGAGAAGGAUCAACAAACGGCCAAGUCAAAAGUCCAGGUGCUUUCUAACAAUGUCGAGGUCUACUUGACUGGUCUCAAGAACUUUUUGACCGAUCGCCUUGCAGCCUCGAAGGAGACAGCGGCUUCUGAGUUGAGUGUAUUUAAGGACACGAGCAGCCGAAAGGAUGAAAAGACAGUGACAGCUAAACUUGCUGAGCUUGAGGAACUUGCCAAGAGUAAGCUUGAGACCGCAGGUUCGGAUACUCGUGCCAAGUCGCAGGAGUUGCUGAUGCAGGUGAAUGACAUUUGGCUCCAGGCUGAUACUAAGUCACGCGAGUAUGCAGAGAAGACACGCCAGUUGGCAUUGGAAGCCGAGAAGGAAGCUAGGAAGAAGCUCCAGGAAGCCUCCGAGACUGUUGCUGGUGCAGGUGCUAAACUCAAGAAUCAGAAUGAUGAUUCAGUUCGAGGCAAUAUCCAAUUUGCUACAGACAAAGUACGUGAUACGCUCAAGGAGACGAAAGAGCAAGUAGAGGAUAAGGCCUCAAAGCUUGGAGAGAAAUUCGAGCCUAAUGUGCGUGUUGCGAAGGAGGAGCCAGGAUCAGGACAUCGCCAUCAUCGCCAUUAA